AUGAAUGAAGUUUGCUGGUUGGGGAUCGGUUUCAUUGAUGCUGCGGGAACAGUUGGACACAGCGAUUUCAUUGAGAUCAAAAUCAACGCACGCCAGGCAACUGGCUGGCAUCUGAGCAAAGUACCUCGUCCAGUUGGACUUGUAAUAUCUGUCUCCAUGCGAGUACAAAGCGCAUGCCUUUGGCUACUGCUCGCAAUGUCUGUGCUGUGCCCCAGGAUGAACAGCCUUGGCUAUCGAGUCGUUAAGCGGCAGCAGCGCAAGCGUAUGGCCUGGCCGCCCAAUCUCUACUCGGACUUUGCGGCUAUCGCUGGCGCAAUGGAGGCCGAAGGUCCCUCGCUGUAUCCGUCCGUCGAUGGCUCUGAUAGUAGUGGAGGCGGCGGACCGGGAGGUGGAGCCGGAGGCGGAUCUGGGAGUUCUGGUGGCAAGGGAGUGGGUAACAAUUGCAACGAGGACAUCACCAAGGGCUGCGAUGUCAAGAAAAUCUUCUUGCCCGGCGAUCCCAAGCAGAAGAGCUCGAGCAUAGCCGUGAAGGCGGCGCAGGAUGCAAAGGCGGCCAACGAGGCGCAACAUGCGGCCGGCCAAAUGGCCGCCCAGCACAUCAAGCAGGAGCUGGCCGAGAAGGCCUUCCAAUCGGCCAAGGCCGCCGAGGCGGCGCUUACCGGCAAGCAAAUGGUUGUGCAGCAGCUGGAGCUGGAGAUGCAGGAGGCCCACGCCGUGGUGGAGGAGGAGUCCGCCUCGCUGCAGAACACGGAGAACAACAUGAAUGCCGCCAUAGAGGCAGCUCGUGCGGCCACUAGUCAAUUCGAGGCCCUCACCGCCCUCCACAAGACGGUCAAAGACAACCUGGCCAACAUACAAACAGUUGCGCUCGGCUCCCAGCAGGAAAUGACCACCAAGGUGCAGCUGCUCGAGGCGGCCAAAAACCGCCUGGCCACGCUCCAAAAGCAGCUGGACAACGCACGCGAUGACUAUGAGAAGACCAAGCAGGCGGCCUAUCGGGCGGCCUGCGCUGCCGUCGAGGCCAAGCAGAAGGCGGCCAACAGCUACCGAAAGCGGCGAAAUCAACGGACUUUCAGCCGCCAGCCACUCGAUACACAUUAGCCAAUUCUCUUAUUUUUAUACAUAUAUAUAUAUUUGUAUAUACUGCAUUUGAUGUAUUUGAUUGGAGGAAAUUAUAUAUGAUUUCACGUUCUAAUUGUCAACAUUAA